AUGGAGACCCUGAGGCAGCAGGCUGCCCGACCCUAUGUCCCCCGGCGGACCCUUGAGACUGACUUCCCCACACCACUCCACAGCAAUGACUACCUGUCCAUGGAAGGUCCCCGCUGGACACCAGCCAUCAAACAGGCCACUCGAUGGAAGUACACGCCAAUGAGCCAGGACGCUGCUGGCCGGGUGUGGUAUACAGGCCUGACAAACUCUGACCCCCAUGACACCUGGUACACGCUGCCCCGUGAGCUGGGCAGUCCCCAUCGCGCUGCCUACACACACUGGCAUGGGUGCCACAACCACCGGGAACACAGCUUGCCCUCAGCCUACACCCAGCAUCUGCGAGAGGCCUCGUUUUAUGACCCCACCAUCCCCGCCCAAUACGAAGUGCCCAGCACCCGGUGGGGGAGCCUCUUGUGGAAAGACAGACCCAUCCAGGGGAAGGAGUACGUGGUCAACAGGGGCAGAUACGGCAUGGAGCCAUCCUCACGGGUGUCCGAAUACGUGCCAUCCUUGUCUCCACCCCAGCGCCCACAAUACACCACCCAGAACUACCGACAGUGGAACCUGGAACCCUACUGUCCUUCAUCCAACCAGAGGCCACUGCCUGACUACACACUAUCCUCCACGUACUGA